CCAUUUCCAUCCCUUCUCUCACAGCCACCGCGCGUCAGGACGAUGAACGCCAAAGCCAAGACCCACGACGGACCGAGACCCAGUGACUCGAUAAGCGAUCUUCCUUAUGCAAGUCUUCAACGACUAGGCAAUCGCCUGGACCUGCCGUGUGGGGGAAACCAGUUAUACUGGCGACAACUCAUAGAAGUCAUGCCAGAAGGGAUGUACGACCAGCUCACCGUCAACAGAUUUGCUAUGAAUGCCAACCGACUCGAUGGUAGCCCAGGCUAUGCGCUACUCACAGACAUGGGAAAUCGAGGAGUGACCUUUGAACAACUGGUCACGUACCUCAAGAGCAUGAAGUUUGAUGUGGCACUAAGAGAACUGGGCUACAAAGUUCACGCGGCAGCCGAGGCCAAACCAGCAGUGGUGGGCCAGAGACUGGUGCUGGAGUGUGAGGCGUCUGGAGUGCCUCAGGCCAAGUUCCUGUGGUUUAAAGAGAGAGAGCCUCUCCCUGUCCAGACCUCCAACAGACUUGUUCUGGAGAAGGUUGGCAAGGCGGACGAAGGUAGCUACUGCUGCCGAGCAAGCAAUGACCUAAACCUUGAGUUCUCUAACUGGGUUGAGGUGACCGUCCAGCAGCCUGUACGAGACCCUCCGAAAGUGGUGCCUGCUGAGCUGCCAGAGAUCUUGACUCAGCCACAGGCAGAGGUCAGAGCUCACCCUGGCCAGGAGGUUCGAUUGGUGGUGGUAGCUCACGGUCACGACACACUCAGCUACCAGUGGUAUUGCGAUGCCAGUCGCCUGCCCUAUGGGACAUCCCGAGAACUGAUCUUGCCUCAGGUCACUCCUGACCAGAGUGGCAUGUACACCUGCAGCAUCACCAGUCCCUCGGGAGGGAGUGUGAUGAGCAGUCCUGCCUGGGUGCUGGUGUCUCCUCUGCCGCAGACCCUCCCCCAGCAGCUCCCUCGGCCUGCCUUCUCCCAGCCUCCCAUCCCUACACCAGUCCUCCCUCUCCAGCCACAGCAGCAAGCCUAUGCACCUCUGCAGUGGGCCCCGCAUCCUGCACCUGCAGAGUACGUGGCCUACGAGGCUCAGAAUGGCCAGUUCUCACCCCACCCUUCCCCCUCCCUUCACACCACUGGACUACCGGAGCUUGCUUCCCACCUCCCGCAGCAGCAGCAGAGGCCAUCUCGCAACCCUUCCUCCCACUCUCAGGCCCAGCAAGACGGACCAGUUGGCGAGGAUGUGGUGGCUGACCCGACGCAGCCAUGCUAUGAUAAGGUGGCUCUGCUGAUUGGCAACAGACGCUACCAUCAUGGACGACUCAAACUGAACACCCCAGAGGCUGACACACAGGAUCUGGCUGGCAUCCUCCGCUCCGCUGAUUUCAAGGUCGUGUCACUCGUCAACCUGACAAAGCAGGAGAUGGACCAGGCUGUGGAGUACUUCUCGUCUCUUCUUGGCAAGAAUGUGUACGCACUGUUCUUCUUUGCGGGCCAUGGGUUUGAGUACAAUGGCAUGAACUACAUGAUGGCAGUGGAUGCUACAAUGGACAAAAACCCAGCCCACUGUCUCUGUGCUCAGAAAGUACAGCACACGAUGCAGAGCCAUGGAGCAAAGCUGUCAAUUGUGCUCCUGGACAUGUGCCGUGUUCGCUCCCAUGCACAGCCGCACAGUGAGUUGGGUGCAGAGGGUGUCUACUGUUCCCCUCGGCACCAUGAGGGCUACUUUGUCUAUGGCUUCUCCUGCUCUCCUGCAGAAAGGGCAUAUGAGAUCAGUCACAGUGGCCCUGCCUCCCGCCCCGAGGAGAGGGAGAACAGCAUAUUUGUGGCAGCCCUCAAGGAGCAUGUGCAGAAGGGAACACUAGCCACUCGUGUUGAUCGACUGCUCACUGAGGCAGCUGAAGAGGUGAGGCUGAGAGGGGUCAAGAACUUCCCAGGGACAGUGGGUUGGCAGAAGCCAGAGAUCAGGAGCAAUUUGGGAGAGGCUCUGGCACUCACGGACCCUGUCUCCCGUGCUCCUGAGAUGGACGGGCCGAGGGCAGAAAGACUGGAGCUGUGGAGAAAGGCCCACAGGGUGCCAAGCUCAGUGGUGGUGGCAGCCAAUGACGGAGAGCUGGUUGCCAGGCUUCAUUUUGAGGCAGAGCACACCAACGUGCUGGUGGUGAGCGUGGAACUGCUCAACGGCUGUCUGGCCUCCACUGAGAUUGAGACAAUGACUGCUAAAGUUGUUAACCCCCACAUCCCUGAGUUCCCCCACCUGCCGAGCCAGGAUGAAGUGGACCCCACUACCACCCAGUUCCACUACGGUCAUGACCAGAAACGCAAAAAGAAGGAUCUUAUGCAUUUCCGGAUCCCAGACAUUCAGAAGCUAAAGACCUCCCCAGCUCUCCUGGUCAUCGCAGCUACUUACACAUACUUUGACCAGAGUCCACAUGAGCAUCGUCAUGCUGACCUCCACCACACCAUCUCCCCUCCUCCGCUCUAUGCCCAGGUUGUCAGCUACAAUCAGCCCACCCACUUCCAUGUAAACUAG